GACACCUCGAUUCCCAUUUUCUUCCAUCCAGGCCAAGUCCUGCGCCUUCCCCUGCGGGCAAGUUCCCGUCGGGAAGCUCCAGAUUGCUAAGAGCGAUUCACCGGCAAGUCGCGGCUCGGGUUUUGCCCAUGCAAUGGGGUGAACGGCCCGGCGCUCAGGCAGAUGUUCCUCGCACGGCUGGAGGGAUAGAUGAUAGAUGAGAUCCAAAUCUGCGCGCGACGAAAGGCCUGAGAGGAUUGAAAAAAAUUCAAAGUCCGACCCACCUACAUCGUCUUCGAUUUCCCAAACCUGAAAGGACAUGGGAAUCUUAUUUCCACCGAAUUCCCGGGCCUCAUGCUUGUUGAACCCCAACACAUAAUUGCGGCGAAUCGAGAGAGGAAGGAGAAGAGACUUGUUGUGCCCUGAGAAUACUCUCGGCAGGCGCCACAGCAACAGCUGUUGCAGCGGACAUGAAAACGGACUCUUUGGCAUCUGAUGAACGGCAGACCCUCAAAGAUGCGCGUGGAUACGUGCAGAAAAUAACGGUGCAAGCCGAAAAUCCAACUCUGGGAUAAACAGUACUGCAAGUUCGACCGUCAACCAAUGCACUGUGCUCGGAUUCUGCCGCCGCUGAAAGCCCAGAUCCAGACGCAAAAGAAGGAACUGGAUUGCGAAUCUGGUAGAUACGAGACGUUGUCCUGGAAUAGUCUGGACUACGGUGGGAGUUGG